AUGGCCCGUGAUGAGGCAGGGAAGAAAUGCAGCCUAGUUGUCCGUGGAUACGUCCUGUGCCAUGGCAACAUCAAAGCAUUGCCAGCCUUGCCGGCUGUCUCCAGGCAGAUGUCUGCACCAAUUCACAACUUACCCCUUUUACACGGGUCUUUGGUGACCACGGGAUGUAAUCACUGCCUACUUGUAGGAGUUGCAGGACUGCAACUGCCCAAUCGACUUGGAGUUCUCCGGGGAGACACGGGUCUCCUUUCGAGACCUCGUGCUCCAUCCAGGAUGGAGAUCAAGCCCUGGUACCCUGCCGAUUAUCGCCUUGCCAUGAGCAACACCUUUUCUGAGGAGGAGGUGAACUACUUCCUGAGAAAACCGGGUUGCACUCCCCGCUUCGUCUAUGGCGUGCUGAUGCUUCCGACCGCCCUCAAAUACUAUAUCGAUAUGGACCAGCGCAUAGACAUUGCCCAGAACAUGACCCAGGCGACACUCUUUGGCUACCAGCUGUAUGCGUUUGCCGAGUCGAGUCCUCCGGUGAUUGCGCCAUCGUCGAAUCCGCGAGCCUCGGUGGAGGGCAUGUUGGUCUUCAACCUCAAUGAGGUCCAGAGAAACGCCAUCUACCAGUUCGAGACCGGCCUGAUGGAUCUGGUCAGCGUCGAGGUGGAGAUCUGUCAACGAGACGCUCGAAACAUUCGGAGUUUGCGUACGAUCGAACCCGUCGGCACAUUCGCGUGGCGCGGUUCGGCGGACGGUCUCAUCCCUUUGAGAAGGGCAGCCUGGCAGGUUGAUGAUUUCCUGCGGAGCACUUUCUAUCGCCACAUCGAGCGAUCGCAGAGAGCUAGUUGGACUGCACCUUCUUCCUUAUCCUCGUCGUUGUCCAGAGACUCUCUGCGAGAUCACACCGGCCCGACUACCCUGAAUGACGAACGAGGAGGUGUAAAUGCCGUGUCUGGGGACUGGAGGACGUCUUUGGAGAGGAUUAUUGAAGAAUUAUAA